AAAAUACUGAGAUAAACACACACAUACAUUUCUGUUUGGGAUGCUAUUCACAGCUGAGCUUCUAGAGUUUGAAUAAAACGUUUUUAAUCAGACGUGAUGGACGUUCUUCGAAAGCUUGAGGAAGCGAAGUCUUACGGUUUGAGUAAGGAUGAAUAUUUUCAUCUUUUAGAGAUGGAGUUGAAAUUAAUGGACGCUAACAAAUCAAAUCAGAUGACGAAUAAGUCUGCUAACAAUGAUUCUCCGUACUUGAAUAGUGUCUUGCAAGACAUAAGAACAGACCAAGAAGAGCAUAAGAAAACAUUGAAUCUUGUCAUUCAGAAACAAGGAAAACUAGAACACAACCUCCAGCAAUUCUUCAGUCAACAGGAAAGUCACAUGACGGAACUCGACCAAAGCUUAACAUGGAAGCUUGACUCUACGCUGGAACAAAUACAAGGAUGUCUGCGUGCAAUACUUCAACAAAUUCAAGACGAGCAUUCCGAGCUAAAGACUUCAUUAAUAAACGACGCUGAAAGAUCAAAAUGUUUUGUGAGAGAUAAACUCAACACGGUACAAGACGUAAAAAUGUCAGUGUUAAGCAAAUUUGAGGAUGAGAAGAAGUAUUUAAAGGACAAGUUUCGACAGGCUCAAAGUGAAAUUUUUAACAGAGUAGUCGGGAAGUCGCUGGAUGGCACACAGUUCUGUGAAGAUCAGGGGAGAGAACUUAGUGAACAAAGAACGAUAAUUUCAAAACUUCAAAAUAAAAAAUAUCCUGACAGACUAAGUGGUUUGCAGAACAAUCAUAUUCAAAGUCAGUCAGAUGCAGAAAGGCAGAAAAGGCAAUCAAUACCAGAUCUAAAUAAUUCAAGUUCAUAUUCCUCUUUUUUCGGUAUUAUUGAAGCUGAUGAAAAUAGACAUGAAAGAGAUGAAUCUAUUGUAGACAACGCACUACAAGAAAUAGAAAAAAAAGAAACACAACGGAUCCAUGGAGUGGAAGAGGAAAUGGUAGGUGCCUUAACAAGCGCUGUGGGGACUGGAGUGUUGAAUAUCGAUGAGAGAUCGAUUAAGGAUGAAGGAAACAUGGAUGCCACGAUAGCAGCUUACGAGGUAGGUGAGAAAGUGUCAAAAAAUGUCAGACCUGAGUCAGAUUCUGGAACGUAUGUGUCACUGCUAGGUAGGCAUGUAUUAGACACCGGUAGGCAAGUAUCAGAGCCCGGUAGGCAAGUGCCAGAAGGUAGGCAAGUAUCAGACUUCGGGAGGCAAUUAUCAGACUCCGGUAGGAAAGUGCUAGAAACAGUUGAUCAUGUAACAGAUUCAGGCGGUUAUGUUUCACAGCUAGAUGAUCAAGUCGCAUUGCCUGGUAGGGUGGCGUCGCAUUCAGGUGGGCAGGUAACAGACGCACCUGAAGAUGGUUCAAAUCUGCCUGGUCAGGAUCAAUCCAGCGACAGCCUCAAGAGCGAGCUAGACAAAAAGUUGGUAGAGAAGGCUGUAAGCCUCACUGUGUUUGAUAUGAAGACUUUGGUAGGACAGUCUACUGAGAUAAUUAUUGAAGCCAUGGAACUUGCGAAACAAGAACAUUUGAAAGUCGUCUACGAUUUCAUGACGAUGUUUAAGUAUGAAAUAUUUGAAGUGGUCGAAAAAGAAGCGCAGUUAAUCAGGGACAGGAUGGUAAACAGUUCAAAACCCAGAAAUAGUUAUGUCUGUGAUUUCUACGUGAAGUUUGCCAGGGAGUUGAUCCGGUUUUCUGACAGCUCUCUCAGCCCACCCUGGCAUAUCGACCAGCUAAGGUCAUGUGUCAAAGGUUACGUCGAGGCCACCACAGGUGGUGACCUCUACGUGGCCUUAAUCUACGGUAGACAACCCCAAACGGUUGGACUCCAGCCUCGUUCGGGGUGUAAACUAAAGGUCAAGGCUACUGUCAAGGACACGUCUGGCUGUCUUCCGGAUGUGGUGGUGGGUGACGUCAUGUGGAGCUGUGAUGAGGCGGGGAUCAGAAACAACCGCGCGUGGGGUAAAAAAAUUGGCGUCCUGUCGUGUGGGCAGCUUGUGGCCAAUGGCUACAGCAACAUGGAAGGCUACAGCUGUAGGUCGCUGCUCAUUCGAUACGAGAUUCACGUUGUUUAAAGACUGAACAAAACUUAGAUCACUAGGUUGUGUGCUUGUGUAUAACCAUGCGGUACAUGUUGCUAAUGAUCGAUCUAGACCAGGGGUCUCCCAACUACGACCCGCGGGCCAGUUGCGGCCCGCGUAGUCCUCUCAUCCGGCCCGCUGAGGUCUUUUUGUGCAAGGAAAAAUCGUUUGUUGGUGAUGGCUGAGGAACUUUGCCGAGAAAAAUCAAAGACAUGCCUGGAAGAAACUGGCCCCCGAACUGAAAUUCAACUAAAGUUAAUGCGGCCCUCGGACUGUAAAGUUUGGAGACCCCUGAUCUAGACGUAGAUGACUAGGUUUUGUACUUUAUAUCAUAAGAUGGUAAAUGUUGCUAAUCAUUGAUCAGGAAUAAGAUCACUAGGCUUAGUACUUGUAUAUAACCAGUAGGUAAAUAAGGCCUUUAGACUGCUAACCCGAAAGUCUCGAGUUCGAAUCCGGGUAAAAGUCGGUAGAACGUUUUUUGAGUCCACUCAGCUCUAAUUAGUACCAAGCUCAUAUUAGAGAAGAAAAAGAUGGUUGGGCAAAGGGCAGAUGACACCUUUCCUUCAUAUGCCGCGGUUAAGAAACAUAUGAACUCUACGACAUCUGCCCAAUGGAUCCUUAGGUUUAACGAGGAUAAUCUACUUUUAAAUAUUGUCCGUAAUUGGACUUAGAUCAUUAGGUUUUAUACUUAAUAUAUCACCAUGUGGUAAAUGUUGUUAAUGAUUGAUCAGGACUUAGAUCACUAGGUUUUGUACUUGUAUGCCACUAUUAUAUGAAUGUUGUUAUAGACAAGGAAAUAUAUCGCUUCAGUGUUAUAAUGAUAGUUUUCUAUGAGAUACAUGCUAUUAACAUUGUUAAAGAAUGAUUAAUACCUAGAUGAGUUGGUUUUGUAUUAUUCAUUGUUAGACACACAAUUUAUUAGAACAUAGAUACAUGACUUUAAGUUGCUAAAAAGUUCAUAGAACUUAGAUCACUUGGUCUUAUAAGCGUAUUCUGUGUAAGAUAUAUUUUUUAAAGAUUUAUUAUAACUUAGAUCAAUAUGUUUUGUACUUGUACCGUAGCAUUAUAAAUAAACCGUUUUGUAUUCCCAGAA